GACACAACCACUGGCCAUAGUGAUGUCACAUCCUCCUCUAUAUAAACAAAAACACACUCGUUUACUCAAGCUGAAGCUAGCCACACGCUACAGUUCCUCAUUGCUCGAAUACAUAACAUUUGUCAGCCCAUUUACUGUAGAUUUUUUCCCCAUGUAAACUGGGAAACAUGGCUUGAUGUUGAAAGCUAAGCUGCUCUCUCCUGUCGUAUUAGGGUGAAAAACGUUCAACAUUUAAUUUUUUUGAACGUGUCCUCGGUUCGAUGUGACUUGGGAGUCGCUGCUAAUGUGUUUACGCGUCAAGUAGUAUUCAGUUUUAUUAUUAUGAGCUUUUGUGGCACAUCAGUGUGGAUUGCUAACUAAACCAUUAGCCACCCAGUUACAGUAUAUAUCUGAAGUCCCGUCAACAGAUACACCAAAAGCCUAGUGUCUUUUUCUACAAACCCGUAUAAUCAUGACUGCCAUGCGAGUGGAUGCUAAGGUGGUCAUGCUUGGCAAGGAGAGUGUGGGAAAAACCAGUCUGGUGGAAAGAUACGUACAUGGCCGGUUUCUUGUGGGACCAUAUCAAAAUACUAUAGGGGCUGCGUUUGUUGCGAAAGCCCUCAACGUCAGUGACAAGGUGGUUACUCUGGGAAUAUGGGACACUGCUGGGUCUGAACGCUAUGAAGCUAUGAGCAGAAUCUAUUACAGAGGAGCGCGUGCUGCCAUUGUCUGCUACGACUUGACUGACAGCAGCAGUUUUGGAAGGGCCAGGUUCUGGGUGAAGGAGUUACAGAACUGUGAAGAGCACUGCAAGAUAUAUUUGUGUGGCACCAAGAGUGACCUCAUUGAGGCCGAUCGAAGUGUGCGGCAAGUAGACUACCAUGAUGUUCAAGACUUUGCAGAUGAAAUAGGUGCACAACAUUUCGAGACCUCCAGCAAAACAGGAAAAAAUGUUGAUGAGGUGUUUCAGAAAGUGGCUGAAGAUUUCAGUAGCUGUGCUUUAGAGUUCAUGCAAGAAGAGAAGGGGGUGGAUCUUGGGCAAAAGAAGGACUCUUAUUUUGACAACUGCUGCCAUAACUGACCUAUCACAGGAAAAACUGCUGUAUCAUAUGGUCUAUUUUGGGAUGACUGGAGGCUCACCAUCUUUUAUACUCCUCAAAGCAUCAGCUGGAGUUUUUUUUUUGCUCUUUCCUUAUUUCUUUUAUGAUUUUUCUUUUCUGGUGUGCAGUAGAACAUGAAGGAUUCCACUUUUUCCAGUGUUCAAGCAAUGAACUCUCUUUCUUUAUCAGGAACAUGGUUUUUUUUUUUGGACCUGAGAAUGUUGACUGA